ACAACGGCCUUAAUAAUUUAAAGUUUAACCACGCCCACAAAUCUUUCAGCUAGCCGCGUGGCCUCGAUCAGGUUUUCUUCGAAACUCAAGAGCUAGAGUUUCGUCGAUCCAUCGCUCAUAGUUUCCAGUAAACCCACGGUGAACUCAAGGAUGGCUGGAGGUGGAAAUUUCCUUAUCAGAGUAUUAUCUUAUCUAGCUAAUGAGCUGAUAGUCAAUGGCCUCGCCAACAGUCCUAAAUUUCAGAGGUUCGCUGUGAGGACAUCAAAAAGGAUAGAGGAUAUUUCUAAUAUGGCAGCUCAGCAGAAGAAGGAUAUUGCUGAGCAAGUGAAGGAUGCAUCAAAACAUUUUGAGUCAUUCAAGAACCAGUGAUGCAGGCUGUCUGGAACGGGAAAUAAUGAUAGAUGUACAGCUCAUAUUUGUUCUUGGAUUUAUAUUUGAUGGAGAUAAUUAAGGCCCUGUUUUUUUCUUAUCAUGAGAAAGAUUUGGGCUGAAAUUGCUUGUAUCUCUAUAGUUCACUUCUUUGAUGUAAUUUUUUUUUUUUUUUUUAAAUGUGACAUUUUGCGACAGUCCUGUAACUGUUAAACAUAAGUUCUUUUAGUGAGCUAUUAACAUCCAAAAGUUUCAUAUGGAAGUUCCCUUGCAU